AUGUCCUUGUUCAGACCAGCUGGGGAGAUAUCCUCAUCAGAGUCGGAAUCCGAAUCCGAAACAGACACUAACCCUAGCAAUGGGGAGGAAGCUGAGAAGGGCCAAUCAUCUGAAUGGUCGAGGACGAGGUUAAACUCGGAUGAAUUGGAAGCAUCAAGUUCACUUGAGGAUGUCUCUGCACUGUCCCAGGACCCGCUGGACACCAAUGCAGAACGACAUGCAAAUGUAAUGACAGCUGCAUUGCUUGAAUUUUACUGUCAAAGUCGAGCUGUCGACAUCCUUAAUGCACGGAAGGGCUCCGGUCGAAACUUCACCCGUCACAGCCCUGAGGUCCAGUACCUGGGCAAGCAGUUGUAUAAAUACAAAUCACAGUUCUUGUCAUCACACGGUAUCAUGCCAGAAGGCAUUGAGAAAGAAGAGCUGGGUGCUACGAGGCAAAGUUACCGGGACAAUCUCGACAUCCUCGGCAUUACAGCCCUUGAGAAAAUCGAUUUGAAUUCGGCUGUGAGGUCACCUAUCGAAGGCGGUGAUGACCUUGCAUUGAUUUCAAGACCACGACCUCAUAAAGAGGAAGGCGAAAAUGCCAGUCAAUUCUGGCGGAAAGAAGGAGACAAUUUGCAUCUACCGUCCGUCGAUCACAUUGAUGUUCUUGGGGGCAUUCCUAGCAUUCCAAGAAACAUACCAAGCUCAUCAAGGCCUCUUUUCGGAAGCUCGCCGGUAAGCGUCCCGUUGUUUAACGGGCCUGCUGCUCCGCCAUAUAAUCACAUGUCGCGCUAUUCGGUCGAAUUUAGCGAACUGAAAUUAUUAGGCCGCGGAUCUUUCGGCGAGGUUUACCAAGUCAAGAAUCAUAUUGAUGGCCAGGAAUACGCCGUCAAAAAGAUCCCGCUCAGUCAAAGAAGACUUGAGCAGCUACAGUUUGGAGGUCAGAACCAAUUGGAGACCAUCAUGAAAGAGAUUCGAACACUUGCUCGCCUGGAACAUACGAACAUCGUGCGAUACUAUGGCGCUUGGGUUGAACAAGCACAUGUCUCCGGUCACAUACCAUUGAAACCGAAUACCCAGACCAGAUAUGAGGAGUCACAUGUCGACGAACCAAGUUAUGAGCAAUCGCAAAGUCACCAACCCAGAUAUGAUAGGACUAACGAGCCAAGCAUGGGGAUCGUCUUUGAACACUCCGAAAAUUCCACUAUGGGAUCGCACACGAGCUCUGUUCCAGAGGAACAUGGCUUCCACAACCGAAUCGAACGGUUAGACAGCCAUGCAACAUCAUCUUCUCGUAACACAAGAAAAAGCUCAACAGUCGAGUUGGAGGAUGAGGACGACAUUGAAUCUAUUCCUCGAAACUUCAACAAUCCUUCUUACGGACAGACUUCUUCCUUCGGGGACACGGACGACAUUUUCACCGAUGGCUUGAGUCAAGAUCACUCGAAGAUGAUGCAACGCCGCUACGGGCCCGGUCACCAACCACCGGCAGUCAUUCUCCAUAUCCAGAUGUCACUUCACCCUAUUUCUCUGAACGCUUAUCUCAAUCCCCAAGCGCCCGAAAAGAGCGAUGCCAAGUCAGGAUGUCCCUCCAGGCGCCAUUGCUUUCAUUUGAUGCCAUCUUUGCGACUGAUGAUGGAUAUUGUCUCGGGAGUUGAAUAUCUCCACUCCAAGGGAAUCAUACACCGCGAUCUAAAGCCAGCCAACAUCUUUCUUUGUGCCCCCGAGAGUUAUGCUAUAGAAAGCUGCACAGCGUGUCGCAUUGGUGAAAAAUCCCCAAUCCACUACUGCCGCCCUCGAAUCGGUGAUUUUGGCCUCGUCGCGGAUGUGUCACGCCUAGAUCAAAACUCGCCUGGUGGUGCAGUGACUCCAUUUCGCGAAGUUCCCAAGAUCCAACGCGUUGUGGGCACCGAGUUCUACAGACCCCCUGCCAACACGCACCCAUCAGCUUCACAGUCCGACUACUUUGACGAGUACAGGAUAGAUGAAAAAUUGGAUGUGUACGCACUUGGAGUCAUUUUAUUCGAGCUUGUCUAUCAACUCAACACCAAAAUGCAGCGCCAGCUAGUCUUGAACGAUCUGACUCGCGGGUCAACAUCUCUCCCUGAAGACUUCGCUAGCAAGAUUGACCAGGGUAAGACUAAAUUGGAUACCGGUAAGGUUGUUGCUGAGUCUUUGAUCACUUGUAUUAAAGGCAUGUUGAUGCCACAAUCGCAGCUGCGGUGGAGUUGCCAGGACGUGAAGGAGAAUUUGCGACAGAUCUACAAAUCCGUCAAGAAACUACAACAGGAGUAG